GAGGAGGUAGCGGCGGUGGAAUGGCGGACGGCGACAAGAGCGAGGUGCCCGGGGCCACUGGCGACGACAGCCCUCAUCAGCAGCCCGCGGAGCCGCCGGGCGAGCCGCGGCGAGAGCCGCACCCCCCGGAGCCGGAGAAGCAGCAGCCGCAGCACAGCAGCAGUUCCAAUGGCGUUAAAAUGGAGAAUGAAGAAUCAGUGAAAGAAGAAAAAGAGAAAUCUGACUUAAAAGAAAAAUCUACAGGAAAUAAGAAGGCCAAUAGAUUUCAUCCUUAUUCAAAAGACAAGAAUUCCAGCACUGGAGAAAAGAAGGGUCCAAAUCGUAACAGAGUUUUCAUUAGUAACAUCCCCUAUGACAUGAAAUGGCAAGCUAUUAAAGAUCUAAUGAGAGAAAAAGUUGGUGAGGUUACAUACGUGGAGCUCUUUAAGGAUGCGGAAGGAAAAUCAAGGGGUUGUGGUGUGGUUGAAUUUAAAGAUGAAGAAUUUGUAAAGAAAGCACUGGAAACUAUGAACAAAUAUGAACUUAGUGGAAGACCCCUGAAUAUUAAAGAGGAUCCUGAUGGAGAAAAUGCUCGUAGGGCAUUGCAACGAACAGGAGGAUCUUUUCCAGGAGGACAUGUCCCUGAUAUGGGAUCUGGGUUGAUGAAUUUACCACCUUCCAUUCUCAAUAAUCCAAACAUUCCUCCUGAGGUUAUCAGUAAUUUGCAGGCUGGUAGACUUGGUUCCACAAUUUUUGUUGCUAAUCUUGACUUCAAAGUUGGUUGGAAGAAGCUAAAGGAAGUGUUCAGCAUAGCUGGAACUGUAAAGCGGGCAGAUAUUAAAGAAGACAAAGAUGGCAAGAGCAGAGGAAUGGGCACUGUCACUUUUGAGCAAGCAAUUGAAGCAGUUCAAGCGAUAUCUAUGUUCAAUGGGCAGUUUUUAUUUGAUAGACCUAUGCAUGUGAAAAUGGAUGACAAGUCUGUCCCUCAUGAAGACUACCGUUCACAUGACAGUAAAACACCACAAUUACCACGUGGUCUUGGAGGCAUUGGAAUGGGACUUGGUCCAGGUGGACAGCCUAUUAGUGCCAGCCAGUUGAACAUAGGUGGUGUAAUGGGAAAUUUAGGUCCAAGUGGUAUGGGAAUGGAUGGUCCAGGUUUUGGAGGAAUGAAUAGAAUUGGAGGAGGAAUUGGGUUUAGUGGUCUGGAAGCAGUGAAUAGCAUGGGAGGAUUUGGAGGAGUUGGCCGAGUGGGAGAGCUAUACCGUGGUGCGAUGACUAGUAGCAUGGAACGAGAUUUUGGACGUGGUGAUAUUGGAAUAAAUCGAGGCUUUGGAGAUUCCUUUGGUAGACUUGGCAGUGCAAUGAUUGGAGGGUUUGCAGGAAGAAUAGGAGCUUCUAACAUGGGUCCAGUAGGAUCUGGAAUAAGUGGUGGAAUGGGUGGCAUGAACAGUGUGACUGGAGGAAUGGGGAUGGGACUGGACCGGAUGAGUUCCAGCUUUGACAGAAUGGGACCAGGUAUAGGAGCUAUACUGGAAAGGAGCAUUGACAUGGAUCGAGGAUUUUUAUCGGGUCCAGUGGGAAGCGGAAUGAGAGACAGAAUAGGCUCCAAAGGCAACCAGAUAUUUGUCAGAAAUCUGCCUUUUGACUUGACUUGGCAGAAACUAAAAGAGAAAUUCAGUCAGUGUGGUCAUGUAAUGUUUGCAGAAAUAAAAAUGGAGAAUGGAAAGUCAAAAGGCUGUGGAACGGUCAGAUUUGACUCCCCAGAAUCAGCUGAAAAAGCCUGCAGGAUAAUGAAUGGUAUAAAAAUCAGUGGCAGAGAAAUUGAUGUUCGCUUGGAUCGUAAUGCAUAAUUUCCAAACCACAGUUGGAACAUUCGUACAUCUGUUUUGUUGAAUCUCCUAGUAAAAGUCAAUUUUUUAGUAAUACUGUAUGCUUAUAAAACCUGUAAAAAUGAACUUCUAA